CCCCGAUCGACGUCUAACCCGCGUACUUAGCGUCAUCCGUCUUGCUUGGUGACGUCAACUCCUCGUUAACCCCCUUUCCUUUACAUGCCGAUGACGCCACGCUCGGCGGCGACAUGACGUAACACCAUACCAAGGCGUGAUGGCGGACAGGCGGCGGCGGACUGGCGCCUCUCAGGACAGCGACGAGGAGGAGGAGGACGAGGAGGAGGAGAGCGACCUCUCCCCGGGACGCGGGCCCGAGAAGGCGGCCGCCAUCCCCGCGAGGGCCGCGGAGUCCGAAUGCGAGAGUGAAGGUGUCCCUGAGAGAGAUGGUGUAGUGCUUUCUGGGUACGAGAGCGCAGAUGACAACUACUCGCACUACUCAGAGGAUGAAAAAGAAGAGGAGGAGGGCUCGUGCUCCGUUACAGACGACGAAGUAGCUGAAGAGGGCUCCUCUGUGCCCCCCGCUAUCACUGGCGUCGUCGCCGGAGAGAAGAUAGCGAGCACCCCCGCGGACAAGCGGCCGGAGCGGCCGCACCGAGUGCGCAAACCUUCGCACGGCUCGCAGGAGGCCCCGGAGGAUGACGCCCCGCCCACCGGCGCAGGCGGCAAGAAUUCCAAGCGGGACGAGGAGGAGGAAGACCAAAAAAACCCGGCGUUCGUGCCGCGGAAAGGGCUCUUCUUCGAACACGACAUUCGAGGAGGCAACAACAAGGAGGAUGCCAGGGCCAAGGUGCACAACCGCAAGCUGUGGCGAGACGCGGGCCGCUGGGAGCACGAUCGCUUCCGCGAGGACGAGCAGGCACCCAAGUCGCGCGAGGAGCUCGUGGCGCUGUACGGCUACGACAUCCGCUCGGGCGCUCACGCCGAUGACGCCCGGCCUCUCCGCCGGCCCAGAUACCGCAGCCCCACCGGUCGAUGGAGCCGGGAGAGUCCCCCCGUGAACCGCGGGCCUUACCAGGCCCCUAAGCGGGAGCCCGUCGAGCGGCCGGCACGUCUGCGCGACGAGGACAGGGACACGGAGCGGAGGCCUGCGCCGCGGAGGCCGGGCCCAACCACCGCCGGUCCCGCGGCACUGCCCGGCAGGCCCCGCGCCUACGUGGAGCAGCGCGCCUACGUGGAACCGCGCGCCCGCGCCCACACGCAAGGAGACUCCAGCAGGGAUCAGCCCCCGGGGACGCCGGCGGCGCGGGACGGCGCUCGGUCGUCCCCGCAGCGUCACCAGCAGCGGCACCAGCAGCACAACGGGAACGGGGAGGAGGAGGGCGAGAAGCGGGCGGAGAUUUUAUCCGCGGGCACGGAGGCGGAGGUAGGAGCGAGGGGCGCUCCUGCUGCUGCCGCCGCAGCAGCGACCGUGGCGCCGGCAACCGGGGACGCGGCGUUCGCGGUGGACCUGGCGCAGGACAAGGCGCCGGAGCGGAAGUCGUACUCGCGUGUGCGCCGCUUGCGCAACAAACCCUCAGAGCUGCCGGGACAGGCGUCCACGACGGACCCCGUCUCGCCGGCGCCGCUUGCGGCGCCUGCGCCGAGCACAGUCCCCCUCGUUGCGCUGCCCGAGACGCAGGCGGCCACCGCGCUACCGCACCAGCACAAUCCGCAGCAGCUGCAGCUGCAGCAACCGCAGGCGCCACCCCUAAAGCCGCUCGGUGAGCGCACGAGACCGAUCGCCGCGCUGCUGCCGCAGCCGUUGUGGGACGUGCCCGUGUUGGAGCCUUCGCCCGUGGGUCGCCUGGAGCACGGCAUGGCGCAGAUCAGCCUCGGCCAGACCUGGAACCCCGGGGCACAGCCGCACUACCUUCCCACGCAGCGCGAGCACAGAGGUGGUGCCACGCAUCUCCCUGUCAAUUCAGUGCCUCCACCGUUCAACCGAAUCGAGGAUCUGGGCGGCCAGGCCGGCCGGGCAAAGCGCUACUCGUCUCAGCGCAGUCGGCCGGUUCCUGAGCCGCACCCCACCCCCCCCAUGCACAUUCCGCUCAUCGAGGGCUCCUACUACGAUCCAAACACGGCAUACCAGGCUCCGCUGUACGGGCACGGUGGGGACAGCCCGGCUGCCAUCCCUCCCCAGGGAAUUAUGGUGCAGCCCGAUCUGAACCUCCCACACCCUGGGUUGCACCCGCACCAGUCGCCCACCCACAUGUAUGCGCCGCCCGUCUCCAUGGCGACGGGCCAGCCACCGCCGCCGGGCCAGAUGCUCGGUUACUUCCCCAGCAACAUCAUGUACCCGGGGGCGGCGUUGCCCAACCCCGGCUACACCUACACGCCCGCCCCCAUACCGCCGCCUCCGCCGCCGCCCGCACACAUCUUCCCUCCACCGCAGGCGCAGUCUCAGGUUUAUGGCGGAGUGACGUACUACAAUACGGCGCAGCAGCAGGCGCAGCCCAAGCCGUCGCCGCCUCGCCGACCCUCCCAGCCCGUCUCUGUGAAGCCCCCGCCUGAGGAAGGACAGGCUGAAAGAAAGGAGUAACGUGUGAACUUGCUCCAUGGUGAGGGAGGCUGGCGGUGCCCAGCCUCACGGAGCCUCGCGUCGCAACCGAGGUCACGGCGUUGACGGCGGCGGCGGCGGUUGGAGCACGCAAGCUGCAUCUGAGACCCGGGCUCGGCGAUGAGAGGAGCGAGCGAGGGAGCGAGUGGGGGAGGGGGACUGGGGAUUGGAGCGGGGGGGCGGCGAGGAGUGGCCGUGGUGCCUCGACGGCAGAAGUCGCCCCACGGUGCGUGCGCGAGUGUCGACGUGAGGGGCGCCAUCCACCGCUGGCGCCUGCGGGGCAGGGGGGGGGGUGCGCCGGGUUGCUGUCGAGAGCUGUGCCGGAGAAUGCCCAGAAACUUUGACGAGCGGCUGGCCCUUUUUGUCUGGUACACAAAGCGUAUGUGCAGUCGUACACGCAUGCAUGCACGUAUAUUCACCCGCACGUACAUGAGCACACGCGCGCUACCACAGUGUACGCGGUGCUUGCGUACGCACUCGACGUGCGGACAUGCACACAAACCUUUGAUUACUUAAAGUGAAGUUAUAAACGGUGCAACUUACUUGGGAUUAGUUUUAUCCUCGCUUUAUUGGUUUUUGCGUUGUUGGUCGGCGGUUACGACGCAGAUGUACUUUGUCGCGUGAGGCCGUGCCGAGUGUCGAGCAACGUUCGUCCCACUGCGUUUUCACUCGUGCUCUGAUGCGUUGGAUCGAGUCACGGGGGGUUGUCGUGGUAAUCUGAAAGCUAAAAAGUGAAUGUGGCAAGUCUCUCGUCUGAGUUGCUUCACGUGUAUUUUCAAAUUUUUUAUUUCUCAAAAAUGCUUUAUACAUUUUUCUCUCAAAAGGCCUGAGCAGGCACUUUGCCAUGCCCUUCUAUAUUCUUUUCCAUGUUCAAGUGAUCUUGAGCUGGGUCAUCCAGGGUGUUGGUGUCUGCCGUUAGGCCUUCUUCCCCGAGUUGCUGCUGCAUUAAUGGUCACAGAUAUGGGCUGCGACUAACCCGGUUACGAGCAACUAUGUUGCAAAUUUAAGUCGACAGUUUGUACUUCCAUAUCGGAGUGUUGUACAACGUCAAGCUAUGCCCAGGAACGUUGUACCGCUUUAGCUUCGCUUUAGGUUAAUAUUAUUAAACAUGACAAACACGGAUACUCAACAUAACAUUGUUUUAGUAUUGCCUACCUACAUUGGCCACAUUCAUACACACAUGCACACGUUGCAUAUUACACGAAUUAUUAAUUAAUGCGGGUCCACGCGUGUUCGAAGUGGUCGACUUCAGGAAGCGUGUCCCACGUCACUUCACUGGUCAGUAGUUUAAAAUAUUCAAGUGAAAAUAUUGCCCAAGGUGAAUCUCAAGUCAAACGGUGAAACUACCCCGCAUUCAUGUUGCUGAGCCAAAUUUGUGUUUUUAUUCAUCCGCAUUACUCGCAAAGUGUUUUUUGUGGCAUUUCAGAAUAUUUAAAAAUGUCGUUCUAUGACAUCGACUGAGCUACAGUUGGCUGGACGACGUCACAAUUCAUCAUGGGAAUGAGAAAACAAUGCAAAGCUGAAUGUUUUGAGUUUUGACGGCAUAGAUGUUAAAUAAGAAUUCUAGAGUAAUCCGUCUUGAUAAGGGUAAAAAUCACUCCCCUUCGUGAUUGGUGAACAAGACCCGAAGCAGGCACCAGUUCCUGGAUCUCUCCCUGGGGUCGUGUCAGCGCUCGACCGAGCAGCCAAACCGGGGGGGGGG